AUGUCGUCAUCACCACCGUGUAAAUCUGGACCUGGCUACGCUUCUCCACUCGAAGCUAUGCACAAUGCACCCCGCGAGAAAAUCAUCUAUGUUUCUAUGCUGCCAUGUGACGAAAAUCAACCGAAUUAUCUUGCAACAAUUGAUGUCGAUCCUGAGUCUUCUAAUUAUCAACAAGUUCUCGAUCGCAUGUAUUUUCCAAAUACUCAUGAUGAAAUACAUCAUUACGGCUGGAAUGCAUGCUCAUCAUGCCAUUCGGAUUGCACAAAACAACGGCGAUUUCUAGUGUUUAGUUGCUUGAAAUCAUCGCGAAUCUAUAUCGUUGACACUAUCAAUGAAACGAAACCUGCUAUCUUCAAAACAAUCGAAGGCGAAGACGUCAAAAAAUUCGAUUUGAGCUCUCCACAUACAGUUCAUUGUCUCGGAACUGGUGAGAUUAUGCUAUCGUGUUUGGGCAAUGGGGAGGGUGAAUUACCUGGUGGUUUUCUUUUGCUGAACGAAGAGUUUGAUAUUGUCGGUCGUUGGAAUACGGACGAAGGACCGACACCUGAUCAAAUUUUUUACGAUUUUUGGUACCAGCCAAGACACAAUGUCAUGGUUAGUAGUGAAUGGGCAGCUCCAAAUGUUUUCGAUAAAGGCUUCAAUCCGGGCGAUGUAUCUUUGGGUAAAUAUGGUCGUCAGAUACAUUUUUGGGAUUGGUCUGAGCGUAAAUAUAUCAAAACAGUUGAUCUCGGCGAAGAUGGAUACAUACCACUUGAAACACGGUUCUGUCACGAUCCAUCAGUACCCUACGGCUUUGUUUGCUGUGCACUUGGCAGUUCAAUCUAUCGAUUCUUUCGAGAUGAUUCGGACGAAUGGCAAGCAGAGAAAAUUAUUCAAGUUGAACCUGUUACUGGUGAAGACGGACAGCCUAUUCCAGCGUGUAUUUCGGACAUUGUUCUUUCGAUGAAUGACAAAUUUCUCUAUUUCGCUAAUUGGUUUCAUGGAGAUGUUCGGCAAUACGACAUUAGCGAUCCAUCAAAACCAAAAUUAACGGGACAAGUUUGGGUUGGUGGUCUAUUGAAACGAAAACACCAUUUUGAAGAUGGUCGACCAUUAGUUGGCGGACCACAAAUGAUGCAACUAUCACUCGAUAGCAAACGUUUAUAUUUUACAAAUUCCCUUUAUUCAUCGUGGGACAAUCAAUUCUAUCCUGAUAUUAAAGAAAAUGGUUCUUAUUUGGUUAAAAUUGAUUGCGACACUGAAAAUGGUGGAAUGAAACUGGAUCAAGAAUUUUAUAUAACUUUCAAGGACGAACCAACUGGUCCAUCACGCGCUCACGAAAUACGUUAUCCGGGCGGAGAUGCAACAUCAGACAUUUGGUGUUAA